UGCUAAACAAAAAUAAUGGAUAAGAAUAGAGGGACAUUUCUGGUCUUUUUUCAAGGGUGGUUGCUGUUACGUUACGAACUAGGCACGCACGCAGGGUUGAAGAAGAUGUUGCGGAAUUCCGAUUACUCCAAUUCCAAACCAGGAUUCGGAAUUGGAUCAAACAGGAACGAGAUGAUAGUGGCAGUGUUAAGCGUUUGCGUUUGCAUCGUAGCAAUUGAAUAUGGAGUAAGAGUGACGGAGGCCAAGUAUUUCGAACCGUUCAAUGUUACUUACGAUCACCGAGCUCUCAUCCUCGGCGCCAACCGCCGCAUCCUCAUCUCCGCCGGAAUCCACUAUCCACGCGCCACUCCCGAGAUGUGGCCUGAUUUGAUUGCAAAGAGCAAGGAAGGUGGGGCGGAUGUGAUUGAAACUUACGUUUUCUGGAACGGGCACGAGCCAGAGAAAGGACAGUAUAAUUUUGAAGGGAGAUAUGAUCUUGUGAAGUUUGUGAAGCUUGCUGCAUCCAAUGGACUAUAUUUCUUUCUCCGUAUAGGCCCUUAUGCAUGUGCUGAGUGGAACUUUGGGGGUUUCCCAGUGUGGUUGCGUGAUAUCCCUGGUAUUGAAUUUCGAACAGACAAUGCACCUUUCAAGGAGGAGAUGAAGCGGUUUGUCUCCAAGGUGGUGAAUCUGAUGAGAGAUGAAAUGCUGUUUUCUUGGCAAGGUGGUCCUAUAAUUUUGUUGCAGAUUGAGAAUGAAUAUGGGAACAUUGAGAGCUCCUAUGGCAGAGGAGGUAAAGAGUAUGUUAAAUGGGCAGCUAGGAUGGCUCUAAGUCUUGGUGCUGGGGUCCCAUGGGUCAUGUGUAGACAACAGGAUGCUCCAUAUGAUAUCAUUGAUACAUGCAAUGCAUACUACUGUGAUGGAUUUAAACCAAACUCUCGUAACAAACCAACUAUGUGGACAGAGAACUGGGAUGGAUGGUAUACACAAUGGGGUGAAAGAUUGCCUCAUAGACCUGUUGAAGACCUUGCUUUUGCAGUUGCACGUUUUUACCAACGGGGAGGAAUCUUUCAAAAUUAUUACAUGUAUUUUGGCGGAACUAAUUUUGGACGCACUGCAGGGGGACCCUUGCAAAUUACAAGUUAUGAUUAUGAUGCUCCAAUCGAUGAGUAUGGUCUGCUGCAUGAGCCAAAAUGGGGUCACUUGAAAGAUUUACAUGCUGCUUUGAAGCUUUGUGAGCCUGCCCUGGUGGUCACUGAUUCACCAACAUAUAUAAAAUUGGGCCCAAAGCAGGAGGCACAUGUGUACCAAGCAAAUGUUCACCCUGAAGGAUUGAAUUUGUCUCUGUUUGAAUCUCCAAGCAUAUGCUCAGCAUUUCUUGCAAACAUUGAUGAAAGGAAAGAGGCAACUGUGACCUUUCGCGGUCAAAGAUACAUUAUACCACCAUGGUCUGUGAGUAUAUUGCCAGAUUGCAGAAACACAGCUUUCAAUACUGCCAAGGUUAGAGCACAAACUUCGGUCAAACUGAUAGACUCUGAUUUGCCAACUAUCUCUAAUAUUUUCCCAGCCCAGCAAUUGAGGCACCACACUGGCAUUUACUACAUCUCAAAGUCUUGGAUGACUACAAAAGAGCCACUCAAAAUAUGGAGUAAGAGCAGUUUCACUGUAGAAGGAAUUUGGGAGCACUUAAAUGUAACAAAGGAUCAAUCUGACUAUCUUUGGUAUUCAACCAGAAUAUAUGUUUCAGAUAGUGACAUCUUGUUCUGGAAGGAAAAUGAUGUCCAUCCAAAACUUACUAUAGAUGGUGUCCGUGACAUAUUGCGUGUAUUUGUCAAUGGCCAGCUUAUAGGUAAUUUUGUUGGUGAUUGGAUCAAGGUGGUCCAGACUCUUCAAUUUCUCCCGGGAUACAAUGAUUUAACACUGUUAACUCAAACAGUGGGUUUACAGAAUUAUGGCGCAUUUCUCGAGAAGGAUGGAGCAGGGAUUAGAGGUACAAUAAAGAUCACUGGAUUUGAAAAUGGAGAUAUAAAUCUUUCAAAAUCAUUAUGGACCUAUCAGGUUGGGCUUCAGGGUGAGUUUUUAAAAUUUUACAGUGAAGAGAAUGAAAAUUCAGACUGGGUAGAACUGACCCCUGAUGCCAUCCCUUCCACAUUUACAUGGUACAAGACAUACUUUGAUGUCCCCGGUGGCACAGAUCCAGUUGCUCUUGACUUGAAAAGCAUGGGGAAAGGUCAGGCUUGGGUGAAUGGUCACCAUAUAGGAAGAUACUGGACUCGGGUUUCCCCAAAAAGUGGAUGUGAAAAAGUCUGUGAUUAUCGUGGAGCAUAUAAUUCUGACAAAUGUUCAACAAAUUGUGGAAAACCAACCCAAACCUUGUACCAUGUACCACGAUCAUGGUUGAGAGCAUCCAACAAUUUACUUGUUAUCUUGGAGGAAACCGGAGGAAAUCCCCUGGGAAUUUCUGUCAAGUUACAUUCGUCCAGUAUAAUAUGUGCUCGGGUGUCAGAAUCCAACUAUCCACCUUUACAAAAGUGGGUGAAUGCAGAUCUCAUUGGUGAAGAAGUUUCUGCAAACAACAUGAUACCUGAAAUGCACUUACAUUGUCAAGAAGGACAUACAAUUUCCUCCGUAACAUUUGCUAGCUUUGGUACUCCAGGAGGUAGUUGUCAAAAUUUUUCCAGAGGAGACUGCCACGCCCCUAGUUCAAUGUCCAUAGUUUCCCAGGCUUGCAAAGGGAAAAGGAACUGCUCCAUCAAAAUCUCAGAAACUGUAUUCGGAGGUGACCCCUGUCCGGGUGUUGUGAAAACGUUGUCUGUGGAAGCAAGAUGCACAUCGCCGUUGAGUGCUGGUUUCAUUCAAGAUGCUGUAAGUAGCUUCUAAAACGAGGUUCUGUGUGAAACUUAUGAACAUAAAUCAACCAACAGAAAUGGCUCCUGAUUGUGUUCACUCGAUUGUGUUCACUCGAUUGUGUAUGUAUGUAUAUAUAUAUGAUACUUCGAUAAGUGUCAUUAUUUAGUACAUAAUACCUGUCUUGACAGCAGAUAAAUAAUAUCUGCUGAUCAAUGGUUCUCCUUUGUGCAUGCAAUACCACGGGCUCUUAUUGUUCGAUCUGA